GGCGCACAGUUAAGUUGUUGAAUUUCUUAAGCAGUUUUGUUGAAUUUUUCUUAGUCUACUUGACAACCUUGAGCGACUUGGGUUGUGUUGGCUAUAAGUGUCUAGGUGUUGUAAUUUAAGAGAUCGUUUGUUAUUUUACUUAGCACCAGUUUAGCCAGUUAGCGUCGUUUUUCAUUUAGUCAAUCAACAAUAUCAAUCAAGAAUAAUAUGGCGCCACGAAACAAGGAACAAGAAUCCGAAGUGUUGCAAUGGAUUAGCGAUGUGUUGGGUGAAAAAUUACCCCCCGGAGCGUAUGAGGAUGUCCUCAAGGAUGGUGUUGUGCUGUGCAAGCUAGUCAAUAAGCUUGCGCCGGGUUCUGUGAAAAAGAUUCAGGAGCGUGGUACAAACUUUCAGUUAAUGGAGAAUAUUCAGCGCUUCCAGGCAGCAAUCAAAAAGUACGGCGUACCUGAGGAAGAAAUUUUUCAAACGGCGGAUUUAUUCGAACGGCGAAACAUCCCGCAGGUGACAUUAUGCCUUUACUCGCUAGGAAGAAUCACUCAAAAGCAUACGGACUACCAUGGACCCACUCUUGGUCCCAAGAUGGCAGACAAGAAUGAGCGCAAUUUUUCCGAAGAUCAACUGCGUGCUCAUCACGGAGAACUAAACCUUCAGAUGGGUUACAAUAAGGGAGCUUCGCAAGCGGGUCUAGGCUCAUUUGGCAAUUCCCGUCAUAUGUAGAAUAUUUGUCGUGUGCACUGGUGCUAAGUUUCAUGAAUGCAUAAAACGCGGCAUAAUCGGCUAUUCGGGAGGGUCGAGAAAUAGAAUAUUUGUGUUUUACAGUGCACAAUUAUGUAUCUUUAGCUAUAUGUAUACAUUCGCUGUUACAAAAUCAUCCGUUCGCAAACAUUUGGGAUUAACGAUCUGCGUCGAUCUGUCAUGGGUGCAUCAUUGCUAUUUUUAGACUAAAAACCGACAGUCGUUUGUAGUGGCGUCGUAUAUCUUUGGCACCUGUGGCUGUUCUUCGCACUCUCCUAUACUCCUACGCGUGCACUUACUAACCUUCAAAUUUAGGAUCUGUCUGUAAUCAAAAAGGUAAAUCUAUUAUGAGCGCUUAGAUACUUCUUGUUGUUGUUUUAAAUAGCUGUUACUUCCAAUACUUUUACUACUGUUGGUUGGCUUGAUGCUCCUUUAAUUUUUUUCAGCUCUAACGUUCUGGCAGAAGAAUCAUAAGCGCCACCAAGAUCGACGAUAUCUUGUGUUGAGCGCAGUCAUCUCUUAGGAUGAAAAUUUUAUAAAUACUUGCAGACAUCUUUUUUUGUAUGUGUAACAAUAAAUAAUAACUCAAUGGCUCUAUUGGUUUGAUCA